CACCUUCCGCUUUGUUUUCAGUUUAUAUCUAAACCCCUGGACUACUAAUAGCUUUGAACUAUGGCAGACCAACUCGACUGUGCUCUAGACUUGAUGCGUCGUCAACCUCCUUCAAAAACCACUCAGAACUUGGCCAAACUCAUUCAGCUCGUGCCUGACCUUACUGAAGAUCUCUUGACUUCGGUUGAUCAACCCCUCAAGGUUGAAAAAUGUGUUCGUACUGGCAAAGAUUUCCUAUUGUGCGACUAUAACAGAGACGGCGACUCUCAUAGGUCACCUUGGUCUAAUGAGUAUCAGCCACCAAAUGCUGAUGGUAUUCGACCAUCAGCCAAACUCCAAAAACUCGAAACUGCUGCCAAUGAUGCAUUCGAUACUUAUCGUGACUUAUACUUUGGUGGAGGUGCAUCUUCUGUAUAUCUUUGGGAUCUGGAGGAUGGUUUUGCGGGAGUAGUUCUUAUCAAAAAGACCAUCGAUGACAGAUCUGAGUCUGGGUCAUGGGACUCGAUCCAUGUAUUGGAAGUCACAGAAAAGGCAAAGGCUGCCAGAUACAGAAUCACAUCAACAGUUAUGCUGCAAAUUAUUUCUACCAAAACAGAAAAGACACCAGCUGUUGAUCUUAGUGGAAGCAUUACCAGAUUGACUGAGCAGGAGCUUCCAGUUGACACAUAUAUCGGUCAUAUUGCCAACAUUGGCCGCUUGGUGGAAGACAUGGAGUUCAAGAUGCGCGAUAACAUUUUGCAGAUAUAUUUUGGAAAAACAAAGGAUAUUGUCAAUGAUCUUCGAUCCAUCAAGGACCUAGAGGCUGUCAAAAAGCAAGAUGCUUUGCGUGCACAACUUGCUGGCAAACUUGCUGAACGCAAAUGAACUUAUUGCAGCAAUUUUCCCUUAUAUCGACUAUUGUUGGCGAUUUAUUUGGACAUGUAGGGAUUUGAAAAACUUGUCAAAGUGAUUAGGACUUUAAUCACUUUAGGUUUCAAUAUCAAAAAACUGGACAAAUGCAUUGAUCACAGCUACAAUUCCAAUAAUAUGAAAUCAUUUUGACGU